GUUAAAUUCGAUGUGUUUUUUUUUUCGAGAAUAACAUUCCAAAAUUCCCUCAAAUCUUUAAUAUAUUUUCCAAUAACAAAAGAUUUUUCCAGUUUUAUAUAUAUCAAUCUCUAACACAACAGUAUAUCUCCUCAAAUUUUCUAAGGGAUACAUUUUUUUUUUUGUAUUUUGUGAGUACCCUUUUGAUACAUUCAUUGUUGUUAUUCUUCUGAUGUAUCAAUCAAUUGACGACGAUGAUGAUCUUCUCGCUGCUCUUUGUUUUGAUCAAAGCAAUGGAGUAGUAGAUCCUUAUGCAUAUAUUCAGACAAAUGAGGAUAACAUCUUUCAGGAUUUUGGGUCCUGUGGUUUGAAUCUGCAGCCACAACAAGAACAAAGUUGUAACAUUGGAGCACAAUUUGAUUCUUUUAGUGGAAAUCUUGAACAAGUUUGUAGCUUUAGAGGGGAAAACAAUGGAGUUGUUUAUAGUAGUAGUAUUGGAUCAGCACAAUUGGAUUGGGCUGCAUCGUUUAGUGGAGUUUUGCAGCAAGAGACUCAUCAAGUCUGUGGCUUUAGAGGACAAAACGACGAUUCUGCAGCAAAUCAUUUGCAGCAGGAACAAGGACAAGUGUGUAACGGUGUAGUGGAAAUCAAUUCUUCCUCGUCGGUUGGAGGUGUUAAGGAAGAGUUAGAACAUGUUGAGGAUGAAUGUUCGCGAAAGAGGGGACGAAAUGGAUCAUGUAACAAGCCAGGAACCAAAGCCUGUCGCGAGAAACUGAGAAGGGAAAAGCUAAAUGACAAGUUCAUGGACUUGAGCUCUGUUUUGGAGCCUGGCAGGACUCCAAAGACGGAUAAAUCAGCUAUACUCAAUGAUGCUAUUCGGGUUGUGAAUCAGCUUAGAGGUGAAGCUCAUGAGCUUAAAGAAACCAACCAGAAGCUUCUGGAAGAGAUCAAGAAUCUAAAGGCGGAGAAAAACGAGUUACGGGAGGAAAAGCUGGUGUUGAAGGCGGAUAAGGAGAAGAUGGUGCAACAGUUGAAAUCUAUGGCGUUUCCAUCACCGGGUUUCAUGCCCUCACAGCAUCCAGUAGCUUUCCAUCCCAAUAAUAUGCCGGUUUAUUCGGGUUACGGUUACUAUCCUCCAAACAUGCCAAUGUGGUCACCCUUACCUCCUGCUGACCGUGAUACGUCUCGUGAUCACAAAAACCUUCCUCCUGUUGCUUAAUCUUCUUUCUGUUGAUUCAUCAAUGAUCAUAACUAUCAAUCGCUUAGGAAUUUUUGUUCCUUCAGAUGAUUCUUUAUCAGUAGUUUUACAGUAACCAUUGGGAGAUUAGAGAAUUUUUUGAUUUGAAUAAAAUGUCUGAGAAACUUUAAUCCAAUGUAAAGGAGGUGGGAAUAGAUCAUUCGAAAAUGUAUUACAUCAAAUGUAGGUGAAAGCAGUGUUCUAAAAUACGCCCUAGGCGGCUGUA